ACGCGCUGUUUUGCAUUAGUCGUGCUUCGCGAUUGUCCGUAAAGGAUUUUACACGCAAAAUUAUCUGUAAAGGAUUUUUUGUGUUUGUGUGCGAAGUGCGUUGUUCUGAUAAGUGCAAAAUUGUUCACGUUUCAAUAAUAUUAUAAAAAAUAACAAUAGUUAUAAAAAAUAAAGAAAAAUGUCUAAUCAGUGCCAUUUAGAUACUUUUUACGAUAAGUGCAUGUAUAAAAACUGUACGAGUUCAAGAUCUCUAGAAAAACGUAUAUAUAGAUUCCCAUUGCAGACUGAUAACAGAUAUCAUUUAUGGAUAAGCAACAGCGGAAACUGGAGAGAGAAUAUUGGAAUUCUCUCCGUUGACAAAACAAGUAACACCGAUGAUGACAUCGUUGAUGCCGAUAUCAACGAUGUCGGCAGAAACUGUGUCAACAGUGGCAUCGGUGACAUCGGCAUCAACGAUGUCAUCAACUAUGAUGUCGGCGGAGGCAUCGACAUCGACACCGGCAUUGGCACCAGCAUCGGCAUUGACACCGGCGCUAGCACUGGCACCAGUAUCAGCACCAGCACUGACAUCGGCACCGGCGUCGACAUCAAUGGAAAUACCGGCACCAGAGAAGGCACCGGUACCAGCGUCAACGGAGGCGUCAAUGCUAAUAGCAUUAAGUAGAGAAGAUUUAAAAGGUCUUAUUGAUGCAGCUGUACAAUCUGCCAUGAGAGGAGGACGAGGAGGAAAAGGACGCGGGAUACGAGGAAGCAGAGGAAGAAGAAGGGGAAGAGGAAGAGGACGAGGAU